CACAUUCUCGAUGCGAGAACACCUGAACGUGGGGGCGCUGUCGCCAUAGCAACUAGUGGAUCCGUCACGUCACCGAGUAAAGGUCUUGGUUCCUUUGCCAUAUCGACAGUGGCAGGGAGAUAGUGCUUACUAUAGAAGGAAUGAUGGUGUUCAGGGCACUAUUAGCGUUGACCCUGGUCCUCUGCCUCACACAGGCCUUACCAUUAAAAAAGGCCAAUGAUCUUAGUAAGGAAAUAGCAGACGUAGCCAAGGACAAUACACAAAAACGAUUAGUGAAACGCUCAGAAGAAACUGUGAUAGUAGGCAACCAUCAAAAUGCUCCACGCCCUGCUCUCGAGCUAAAAAAUCGCGAUGAAAACGGCAAAAUUGAGGUCAAGGAAAACGAGGUCGACAAAACAGAAAUAGCAAAAUCCGAUGUAGCCGAUGAUACGCCGCCUGAUGAUGAGGUCAUGGAGAAGGUGGUUAUGGACCUCGCGAAGGUUGCCGAGGCGGUGCCCGAGACAGACAACAACAGUGACCUUGAAGAAAAGGUGAAGGUCGAUGAGGACGAGAAGGUUUUGGAUGAGGUACCUAACAAUGACGAGGUUGCCGAGGAGAAAGAAGUAGAGGAGGAUGCGGUGUUUCAGCCCCAGGAGAUCUUCAAUUUGGGAGCUCGGGAGAAGGAGAUCAAUGACGUCAACUCUUCUGAGCUACCUGACCAGGAGAGCGAGGUCACGGAAUCGUCCGAAGAAGUCCCACCAGAGGAGCUGAUGUCUGGCAACAUGGAGAUGGCACAGGAGCAACCUGCGGCUGACGAAUAUCAAUAUGAUGAGUAUAAUGCGCUCUAUUCCGACCCCUACCAAUGGCUCGACCGUAAGAAACGCAAUGUCAACAGACAGAAGCGGGAGGCAGCACUCCAGGGCUCCGAGGCUGGUAUGUCCAUGGUCGCCAACGAGGACGACACGAAAUCUCGGUCCAAGAGGGACACAGAAUACCCACUAUCACUUAACGAUCUAUACAACCUGUACUACAAGUACAAGGAAAUGGAGGACGAGAAACAACAGGAAGAAGAACUGGAACCAGUGUAUGAGCUUCCCGAAUAUGAGGAAAAUUACGCGGCCAACCCGGAAUAUGACAAUUAUGGGGUGGAAGAAGAGUUGGCGCCACCUUCGGAAGAGUGGGAACCGGCGGCUGUGAAUGAUGAUAUUCAACAGGAGCUUGAGCUGGAAGCCAUGAUGGAACCUGCGAUGGAGGAGGAGGCUCCCUACUACCUGGCUGAUGAUGAAACCCCCGAGGAAGAGUUGGAGAAAGAAAUGGAGGAAGAAUUGGAGGAACAGAUGGAGGCACAACAACUCCCUGCAUAUGACGUACCAUCGGAGCCUUAUUACUACCCAAUGGAAUACAACCCAAUCGCUCCACAACCCGACAAACGUAAUCAAGAAAUGCUGAGUAUGUUGCCCGGAAUAAAGCGAGCUGAUGAUUUUUACCCAUCUUAUACUGAAGAUCGGGAGCCUUGGCAAGCACUUAUUCCCCCUGCAGCAGAGAAGAGGGGAGUCAUGGAGGAGUACGCUAGACUUUACAGACUUGCCCGAGCAUUGAAGCGUUCCCGCGAAGAUUCGGUGGAGGAACGCUGGGAAAGUCUUCUUGGAGACUUGGAUGAGAAAAAGAAGUAAGCUAGUGCGGGAAGGAGGAGCAUCGCACUAAGUUUUGUUACAGAUAACCUUAAGCAACUGCCAAUGACGGAGGAAUACGCAUACAUACGGUUAUUUCAUGGGCAAACUGUGCUUCGCCGGAGAGAAAGUGUCAAGUGCCACCUCUCUUACUUCACUAGGUUGAAUGGGACUGGACACUGGAUUUAUAGAAGUAUUGGAACCUAAUUUGCUUCACCCAGUUGUAACUAUGAGGCGUCAAGUUCUUUUCCAUUCCCUUUCAUCAUUCGAAUUCUAAAGCACUUGAUCGUGCAGACGCGAAAAGUUCUCAGCACAUGGAUGUUGCGACUUGUUUUUCCACUGUUGAUACAAGAUGGCAAGCCAUUUGUCAUUCAGAAGAUUGGAAUACGUUUUCGUGUGCAAUGUGUAAUGGUCAUGGAAUACAGUCAUGUCAAUCCAUUGAUAGAGUGGAUGCUCCCAAUGCUGAUGCUUUGCCUUUAAGUGAAAUAACAAUACAGAGUAAUGUUGUGUUCAUGGAUGUAGAAAGAAAAAAUGUGCUUUUUGUUCCCAAUCACCGGAAUAAUAUGUGACCUUUGUUGAUAUAUUUCGUUACUGUCUCGGACGUACACCCUAGUGUGUUGUAUAAAACAACAAAAGUGUGAAAUCUGUAUAAGCAGCAGUCACGAGCGGGGUCCAGUUACUGCUUCAAAUGACGAGCAAUUACAUGUAACUGACCUUCUAGCUUGUUGUGUUGUCAUAGUGUCCCAAGCUGGGACGGUAGUAGCAGCUCAAAGUUGCCUAAACCCAGAUUGCCGGUGUAAUACGAGCUAUUUAUAGGCCAGUUAAUCUUAGUCAAUCUAUUGUCAUCAUUUACCACUUUAUAGUGUUUUUUGGUGAAAUGGAGAUCCUCCGUGAGAUGUGUUUAUUAGCAGUGAUGAGUUAUCAUGCCACCUGUCGUUAAAAAAAGAGGAAUACUACUACUGAGGUUGACUGGCAGUCAUGUAACUCUUUAAUGCUAAAGGUCACUUCAGGUGGUUUUAACUGACGAGGAUGUUGAAAUGCCUUCCUCAUCCUUUUGUUAAUUACUGGUUGCGGUUGACAUUCGAAAACUUCUGGUUGGUGAAAUAUAUACAGUACAUCUACAGUGCAUCUAAAGUAUUGCAGGCUGUCAUCCACCUCGAAAAGGGCAAGUUCGUAAAAGAAAAAGGAUUCAAAAAUUUCCAUUUCAGGUAUAAAUGCUGCAGCGAAUGUCAGCACGAUGUAGGUGCGUUAGGUUAAACGAAACGGCCAAGAAACGACUGAUGACCAACAACAUUGAGGAAAGUGGAAGAAAGGCUAGUUGGACAAUCCGACGGUAUCUAUCCGUUUAUCUGUUUACUAUGUGCCGUGUUCCUCAAAAUUGUGAUGGUUAUAUGAUCCCCGAUGCAAAUGGUUGAAUGAUGGAUUUCAAAUCUCAUGCAGCAACAUAAGAGGCAUGGACCUGUGCCGAUACUAUAGGCUUACAGGUCCGUGAUUGAGGUGGGCAGAGGCCGAGAAAGCCGAAAAUCCUGGGGAAGAGUUUAGUUCGUCUAAAAGCUGAUCUUCACACUGUAUUGCCACCUGUCAUGCCGGGCCUGUUGUGACUGGGCACUCCAGAAUGUUGUACUGGUGUUGCAUGAUGUGUAUCCCACCGCUAUUGUUUGAGUUAGGCUCUCUAUUGGUGAAAAUGGCCACGUUUCUAUCUGUAGUCAACACAUACUUUUAUCAUUUUGUUUUUAUUCUCACCAGAGACCAACUCCUUAUUCGAAGAGGAGUCCUUUGCGCCAAAACACGGAGUCCUUUUUUGCAUGUCACCACUCACUACAUGCACAAAGUAGGUCAAAAAAAUCACUUUUUUCAUUACCAAUACUUUUACUUGGAUUUGGCUUUGCAAUAUUAUUGGUAUCGGAGAGGAACAAGUCACUGCAUGAGCCAUCAGCAAUUGAGGGGUCCCUUAUUUCCAAACCCACCGUUAGUUUGUAAUGUAUAUACGGAAGAGAGAAGAUGUUAUCUGUUGUUAAGGAUCUUUUGUGAUUAUCACCAGUGAUUUGAAAUAAAUUAUUUUUCUGUCUAUUUUAAUCGGGGAUUA